CCUCCUCUCCCUCUCCCUCCCUCCUCCUCCCCCUCUCCCUCCCUCCUCCUCCCCCUCUCCCUGUGUGUGAUUAUGGCUGAUGGUACAGAGUCUCUACAGGCCAGUGUGAACUCCACCUACUGGGCAGCUCCUCCCAUCCACUCCUCCCCUAUGUCUGACGAGGAGACCGAGGGACUGGGCCCUGAUGAGAUAGACAGGGCCCCUCUCCUGCCCAAGCAGCACCAUGCAGGACCCCCGGGGGCCACUGGGCGGCCCUUAGCCUCCCGCCACUGUCCAGGAGACUCCUACUGUAUGGUGUACAUGGUCUUCUUCCUGUUGGGCAUCGGCUCCCUGCUGCCCUGGAACUUUUUCAUCACAGCCAAACACUACUGGACCUACAAGCUGAGUAAUAACACCGACCCUACUGGCCACGGAGAGGAGCCUCGCUCAGAUCUUAGCGACUACUUUGAGAGCUAUCUGGCCAUAGCCUCCACUGUACCGUCGGUCCUCUGUCUGGUACUCAACUACCUACUAGUUAACAGGUUGUCCCCAGCGGUGCGUAUCCUGUCCUCUCUGAUUGUCAUCUUGGCUGUGUUCAUAGUGACCACGGUCAUGGUCAAGGUGGAUUCAUCUGGCUGUAGAGAUCAGUUCUUCUUUGGGACUUUAGCCAGUGUUGCUCUGGUCAGUGGGGCCUCCAACCUCUUCUCUGGCUCUGUGUUCGGGAUCAGCGGACAUUUCCCAAUGAGGAUAUCACAGGCACUCAUAUCAGGCCAGGCUAUGGGAGGGACUAUCAGUGCAGUAGCCUCCAUAGUGGACCUGGCAGCAGCUAAAGAUGUGACUGACAGCGCUCUAGCUUACUUCCUGACAGCUGACGUCUUCAUCCUUCUCUGUAUCAUCAUGUACCUGCUGCUGCCCAAACUGGCUUACUCACAGCACUACAUGCUGGCAGCAGAGUACAGCAGUGCGGCGACCCUACCGGAGCCCCGUGGUGAGGCGGACGGCCAGGAGGGAGCACCAGCGAGCACCGUCUCCUCCGUGUCCAUCCCUCCUCUAAAACCCAUCCUUCAGAAGACGUGGAUCCUGGGUCUCAGCGUCUUCUACGUAUUCUUCAUCUCUAUAAUGGUGUUCCCCGCCGUCUCCUCUGGGAUCCAGUCUGUUAACCGGAACAGUGGCAGCCCCUGGACAACAACAUACUUCACCCCACUCACCAGCUUCUUCCUGUAUAACGUGGCUGACUUCUGUGGUCGUCAGGCCACGGCCUGGCUGCAGGUUCCAGGCCCCACCAGUAGAGUCCUACCUUCCCUGGUCCUCUCCCGGACAGUCCUGGUGCCUCUCCUCAUGUUAUGCAACUACCAGCCCAGAGACCACCUUCACACGGUCCUCUUCAGCCACGACCUCUUCCCAGUCGUCUUCAUCUGUCUCCUGGGCGUCUCCAACGGGUACCUGGGCACCCUGCCCAUGAUCUACGGGCCCAAGGUGGUGACGCGGGACCUGGCGGAGCCCGCAGGCGUGGUGAUGAGCUUCUUCCUGACGUUGGGACUGGCUGUGGGAUCGGCCUUCUCUGUGUUGAUAGUACACUUCAUCUGAAGAGGAGGAGGAGGAGGAGGAGGAGACGUCGCCUGACGUCCUGCUUACCUGGACGGAUGUCGAAUUUCGCAGUGAAUCUUGAGCGACCUGGCUGGACUUCUCUGUCCUCGUAGUCCACUGUAUCUGAGGAAGAGGUGGAGUAAAGCCUUGAUUCAAUCAGAUCAAAGCAUUAGCCGGCGAUACCCGACACCCACAUAAAUGUAUGGAUUGUUUUUGUGAUUUGACUAAAGGCAGUACACAGUCGGUUCAGUUCUCCCCAUGCAAUAUAACAAGUCAUCUACAUUUCCUGUUUUGAAAACUGGAUUUCAUAGUUUGAUAAUAAAUGUUUCCAGUAAA